AUGGCCGGAAAGACUUCAAUGCCUUAUGGCUUGUGGCCAAGUCCUCUCAAUGCCGAAUUCCUUUCUACCGCAAGCGUCUCACUCCAAGAAGUGCUAGUCGAUGAGUCGCGCGGUCUUAUACACUGGAUAGAGUCGCGCCCCCGCGAAAAUGGCAGAUACGCAGUGAUGACCCAUCAUGGUUCAGAUACACGAGAAAUCCUGCCUGCGUCGUAUUCCGCCCACGCCAGCGUGCAAGAGAUGGGAGGUGCCAGCUUCACCGCGGCACCCUCUGGAUAUGUUGUAUUCACUGACAAUAUCACAAAACAUGUGUACAGACUGGAUCCGAGCAAUUCUGCUGUCUCGCUUGUCCUGUCAGCCCCAGAUGGCGUACGCUAUGCCGACUUUUCGGUUCACCCCCAACAAGAGGAUGUGAUCAUUGCCAUUCGCGAGGAUCAUCGCAAUGCAACGCCCGAGACGCAGGCCUAUGGCGUGGUCAACACCAUGGUUGUCAUUAAUGCUUCCACCAAGACUGAGACCUGCAUCGCUUCUGGAGAUGACUUUUAUGCCUACCCUCGGUUCAGCCCAGAUGGCAAGAAAGUAUCCUGGCUCCAGUGGUCUCAUCCUGAUAUGCCUUGGACCGGUACAACUCUGUGGGUAUCAGAUUGGGUUGGUGGUAGCCUAAGCAAUCCCCGGAAGAUUGCUGGCGAGGCAUGCAAGGAGAGCAUAUCGCAACCGAAAUGGGGCCCCGAUGGCACCUUGUUUUUUGCUAGCGACAGGUCGGGCUAUUGGCAACUAUACACGCACUCGGUUGAAACCAAUGCCAUCGCCCACUUACGAUUUCCGGGAUUAGAAGACGUCGAAUUUGCCAUUGCUGAUUGGCGCAUGGGAAGCUCCACCUAUGUGAUUCUGGACUCAAAGACUGUGGUUGCAUCGUAUGUCAGACAUGCUGCCAGCAACAUUGCAUUGCUCGAUCUGGACAAGGGCGAGGCCAUCGAUCUCGGCCUACCUUUUGUCGACCUCGCUCUUCACAGCACGGGCGUUUUUCGCCUAUCCGAGAACAGUGUUGUAGUAUUGGGGAGCACUCGUUUCUCGUCAAAGAAGCUCGUCACGGUAUCAGGAAUUCGAUCAGGCAAGCCUCAACUUCAAACAGUUUGUUCUACUUCUCAAAUUGAUCUGCCCGACGGCCUCUUCUCAACAGCUCGCCAUCUUGAGAUCCCGCGAAAAUCUCGACCCGGCAACGUUCACGCUUUCUUAUACGGACCACAGAAUCCACAAUUCCAGGGCGAAGGGCUUCCCCCAGUUCUAAUUCAGCUUCAUGGCGGUCCAAAUGGUUGCAUUUCUCCCGCCCUGGACUUUUCGAUCCAGUUUUGGACUUCGCGCGGAUUUGCAGUCUGCUCGGUGAAUUAUGUUGGAAGCACUGGCUAUGGUCGCAAGUACCGUGAGGCGCUGAGCGGCUACUGGGGUAUGUUUGACGUUCAAGACACCCACGAAGUAGUGCAGUAUCUAGUGAGCCAGAACCUCGUAGACGGCAGCCGGGUCGGUGUCUACGGGGGCAGCGCGGGCGGUUACGGUACCUUGUCGGCCAUCAGCAUGUUUCCAGACACAUUCAAGGCCGCCGUGAGCUCGUAUGGCAUCUGCGAUGUCCGCGCUCUUCAGGCAGACUCGUACAAGUUUGAGAGUCACGACGUCGAAAGGCUGAUCCUCAGCUGUGUCGCAUCGGAUGACAAGGAGGGCCGUGACCGCAUAUACCGGGAGCGAAGCCCUCGAUUCUAUGUGUCCAAUAUCAAGGCUCCCUUGCUCAUGCUGCAAGGCACCGACGACAAGGCAGUUACACCCGAGCAAACACUAAUGAUGGCCGAGGAAAUGAAGCGCCAGGGGAGAAUUGCCGAAGUGAUGAUGUUUGAGGGGGAGGGUCAUGGGUGGCUGAAGGAGGACACCAUCCUGGCCGCAUACAAGGCCCAAGAGUCUUGGUGGAAGCGUCAUUUAUGUGGUGUGUCGACUUGA